AUAGUUUCACAUAAAGUAUCGAUAGUUUAUAUAGCAUUUGGUAGACACGGAAAAAAGCCGCGAGGACCAAACGUUUUGUACAUCAAAAUGGCUCUCGUUAAACCCAAAUCAGAGCUCACCCCCGAGGAACUGGCUCGCCAAGAGGAGGAGGAGUUCAACACUGGCCCGCUGUCGGUGCUCACACAGUCGGUGAAGAACAACACACAGGUACUCAUCAAUUGCCGCAACAACAAAAAACUGCUGGGCCGCGUCAAGGCGUUCGACCGCCAUUGCAACAUGGUCCUGGAGAACGUAAAGGAGAUGUGGACGGAGUUGCCGCGCACCGGCAAGGGCAAAAAGAAGGUGAAACCCGUCAACAAGGACCGCUUCAUAUCGAAAAUGUUUCUGCGUGGCGAUUCUGUAAUUCUAGUGCUACGCAAUCCAUUGGCUACGGCAGCGGGCAAAUAGAAGAUAUCACGUAAAACAAAAGCAACCUCAUUCAUUCAACUACAAUCAAUAAAAUUAAAUUGCAAUUUUCUAUAAUGA